AUGUCUGAUAUCGCCACACAAGAAAAACUUGAUCCUUUACUGAGCUUAGAACCUAUCAACGAUGCAGUGGUGGAGACGGCCGAGGAGGCCACAGAGCCGGCCGAGGCGGACAUCACAGAGCUGUGCCAGGACCUGUUCUCCAAAAUGGCCACGUACCUGACAGGCAAGCUGACGGCUACCAGUGAAGACUAUAAACUUCUGGAAAAUAUGAACAAACUGACUAGCUUGAAGUACUUAGAAAUGAGAGAUAUUGCAGUAAACAUAAGUAGAAACCUAAAGGACUUAAACCAGAAAUAUGCAGCACUUCAGCCUUCUCUGGAUCAGAUCACUUUAACUGAGGAGCAAGUAGCAGCUCUUGAGCAGGCAGCCUACAAGUUGGAUGCAUAUUCAAAGAAACUAGAAGCAAAGUACAAGAAGUUAGAGGCGAUGAACGCUUCUCCAGCACAAAGUCGGACUCCAGGAAUGACUGUGAGGGGGUAUCGCGCUGGGACGCUUCGACUCCAUAAAGAGAAGCCGUCUGGCCGAUCCCCGGAGGGUCCCAGCUCGGCUCUGCUUGGAUGA